AUGAAGAGCAUUCAUUUCUUUCUAACCCCCAUUGGAGCAACCUCCGCCAUUUCACUGGGUCAUAAACAAAACAACCACCGCCACAAACCGUCUCUCCAUCCCCAAAAACGCGAUGUUUGCUCCGGAAACUCCGCCAGCGACAGACAGACCUGGUGCAACUACAGCCUAAGCACAAACUACUACGACGUCGUCCCAGACACAGGCGUGACGAAAGAAUACUAUUUCGACAUCCAAGAAGUUACUGUCGCGCCAGACGGAUACUCCCGAACAGCGAUGGCAGUCAACGGCUCGAUCCCAGGUCCCACGAUCCAAGCCGACUGGGGCGACAAUGUAGUUGUGCACGUCACCAACAGUCUUGCCUCCGCAAAGAAUGGCUCUAGCGUCCACUUCCACGGUAUUCGUCAAAACUACACGAACCCCAACGAUGGCGUGAUGUCCAUUACGCAGUGUCCGACUGCACCGGGGAAGUCAACUACCUACAAGUGGCGGGCUACUCAGUACGGCUCGACUUGGUACCACUCACACAUUGGACUGCAGGCUUGGGAGGGUGUUUUCGGCUGUAUUGUGAUUAAUGGCCCAGCUUCUGAGAAUUACGAUGAGGGAAUGGGCCAACGCUAUGACAUCGUCGUCAACGCAGACCAAUCCACCACAAACGAAAGCUUCUGGCUCCGCGCGAUCCCCCAAUCCGCCUGUUCCGACAACGACAGCACAGACAACAUCAAAGGAAUAAUCUACUACGGCAGCACGCCCACAACCCCAACAACAACAGGCUACACGUACACUGACAGCUGCGACGACAUGGACACCUCCGACCUAGUUCCCUAUCUCUCCCAAAGCGCCUCAGUUCCCUACUACAACUCCAGUGAGCCCAUAACGCUCGGCUCGAACUUUGAGAGCCUCUUCCGCUGGAAGAUGAACGGUACCUCUAUGCAGGUCUACUGGGAUAAUCCCAGCCUGCUGCAAAUUUGGAAGAACGAUACAGCCUUCACCAAUACCAGCGGCGUGGUCGAACUUACUCGUGCAAACGAGUGGUCGUACGUCGUUAUCGAGACUAGCCUCACAGUGCCGCACCCGAUUCACCUGCACGGCCAUGAUUUCUUUGUUCUGGCGCAGGGGAUGGGUUCGUAUAGCUCGUCCGAUAUUUCUACGUUGACGAAUCUGCCUUGUCGGGAUACGGCUAUGUUGCCGAGCUCGGGGUAUCUGGUUGUCGCUUUUAAGACUGAUAAUCCCGGGGCUUGGUUGAUGCAUUGUCAUAUUGGGUGGCAUACGGAGGAGGGGUUUGCGAUUCAGUUUUUGGAACGGUGGAAGGAGGCUCGGGAGCUGAUUGAUUAUGAGACGCUUCAUUCGACUUGUCAGGAGUGGGAUGCGUAUACGGAGAGCUCGGUUGAGCAGGAGGAUGAUGGGAUUUGA